AUGAAGAGUAUGGACGCUUUUGAGGUUAUUCUUGCCUUGCUCAUCUAUGGAUUGGUCCUCUUCCCUAAUGUUGACGACUUUGUUAACAUUAAUGCUAUCAAAAUAUUCUUAAUUGGAAAUCCAAUUCCUACCUUGCUUGCAGAUGUUUACCAUUCAGUCCAUCUCAGGAAUUAUCAUAAGGGAGGAAUUAUCAUAUGUUGUACAACUCGGCUCUACAAGUGGUUUAUUUCGUACUUGCCUCGGUCUACUGCCUUUAUAGAUCUCAAGGAUGGUUUGCUAUGGUCACAAAAGAUUAUGCCUCUCACGCAUUCUGACAUUGAUUGGUUUGAUCAUGCUUAUGAGGGGGUGAAAACUAUUGAUAGUUAUGGUGAGUUUCUUAAUGUACCUCUUCUUGGUACAAAGGGAGACAUUAACUACAACCCGAUUUUGGCUCAUCGUCAAUUUGGAUAUCCAAUGAAGGACAAGACCAACACAAUCUUCUUAGAGAAUUUCUUCUUCAAGGAAGGAGAAGAUGACAAAGCAUUCAAAGAAAAGAUUGUGCAUGCCUGGUGCCACGUACAUAAGAAAAGAAGAGAAGUUAUAGGAAAGCUAUAUUGUUUUUCUUUGGAGCCUUAUCUCCAAUGGGUGCAAGCUAGGGCCAUCAGUCUGAAAAUUCCUUAUCCUCGACAAGAGCCUUUGCCUUUAACUAUUAAAGAACCUUCUCUAGUUUAUAUGACUGACGCGGAGAAACUCAAGGUUGCUUUGACUAGGAUGAAACGAGAAAAGGAUGCUUGGAAGAACAAAUAUCAAAUCAUCCAUACAGAGAACGAAGAGAUUCAAAGACACUUGAAGUAG